CUUUUAUAGCUAAAAAUAAUUAUUAUUACUCUUCUUCAUUCUUCUUCAACUUGCACCCGAUUCCUUCCGGAUCUUACGCGACGGGCUCUGUUUCUGUUUCAGGGAGGGAGAGAUGCUUGUAUGAUGUAGAUCAAGUGGAUAUGGUAUCUUCCAUCAAGUUUUAGUAUCAUCACCGCUUGUGUUUUAGAAGAAGAAGAAGAAGCUCUGUUCCUCUGUUUGGGAGAUAACUGGUGAGCCUGAGAAUUUGGAUUUCAGAUCAUGCCUUACUUUGCUCAGAGGCUUUACAAUACUUGCAAGGCCUCAUUCUCUUCAGACGGGCCAAUCCCUGAGGAGGCUCUCCAGAAAGUUCGCAAUGUCUUGGAGAAAAUCAAGCCCUCUGAUGUUGGAAUCGAGCAGGAAGCUCAGCUGGCACGGACUAGGUCUGGUCCUCUCAAUGGAAGUAACCAGUCUCCCCCAGCAAUAAAGUAUCUUCAUUUGCAUGAGUGUGACAGUUUCUCUAUUGGAAUUUUCUGUAUGCCACCUUCAUCUAUGAUACCACUUCAUAACCAUCCGGGCAUGACUGUGGUCAGCAAGCUCAUAUAUGGUUCAAUGCAUGUGAAGUCAUAUGACUGGAUAGAGCCUGACCUGACCGAACGAGAAGAUCCAUCACAAGGAAGACCCGCGAAACUGGUGAAGGAUACUGAGAUGACGGCUCCAACCCCAGCAACCACGUUAUACCCGAGAAGCGGUGGCAACAUUCAUUGUUUUAAAGCCAUCACCCAUUGUGCUAUUAUUGAUAUCUUAGCUCCACCUUACUCUUCAGACCAUGAUCGGCAUUGUACUUACUUCCGUAAAUCCAGAAGGGAAGACUUGCCCGGUGAAGUAGAAGUGGAUGGGGAAGUGGUAGCAGACGUGACUUGGCUUGAGGAAUAUCAACCGCCUGAUGACUUUGUGAUACGAAGAGUUCAGUACAGGGGUCCUGUUAUUAGAACUUAAUUUGUACGUGUUAUAUCUCUCUUGAUUCCUCUACAUUAUUGGUGAAGCAGAUUCGGAUUUUUAUUUAAUAUCACACUCUUCUUAGAUUUGGGAUCUUUUUUUAUAUUACUGCAAACGGGAUUGUACAUACGCAAAAUAUUUUAUGUACUGGCACUUACUAUCUUUACAAGAUAAAAUGUUUAGUUG